AUGGCUUUCACCUCUCUCCUCGCCUUUGUCGCACUCGCUGCUGUUUCGAGCGCAGUGCCGACCUCCAAGCGCGCUACGUGCCCUGACGGCUCCACCGUCAGCAACGCCGCAUGCUGCGCGUUCAUCCCACUCGCUCAGGAUCUGCAAGAGACCAUCUUCCAGAAUGAGUGCGGCGAGGAUGCUCACGAGGUCAUUCGCCUGGCCUUCCACGACGCCAUUGCUAUCAGCCAAAGCCAAGGCGCCAAGGCAGGUGGCGGAGCCGACGGUUCGAUGCUUUUGUUCCCGACCGUCGAGCCCAACUUCUCGGCCAACAACGGCAUUGACGACAGCGUGAACAACUUGAUCCCCUUCCUCUCCAGGCACAACGUCACCGCCGGCGACCUCGUCCAGUUCGCCGGUGCCGUUGCACUCAGCAACUGUCCUGGUGCACCUCAGCUUCAAUUCAUGGCGGGCCGUCCCAACGCCACUGCUCCCGCCAUUGAUGGCCUCAUACCCGAGCCGCAGGACAGCGUCGACAAGAUCCUCGACCGUUUCGCGGACGCCGGCAACUUCUCGCCUUUCGAGGUCGUCUCGCUCCUCGCCUCGCACAGUGUUGCCCGUGCGGACAAGGUCGACCUGACCAUCGACGCUGCGCCCUUCGACACCACGCCCUUCACCUUCGACACCCAGGUGUUCCUCGAGGUGCUGCUCACCGGAACUGGCUUCCCAGGAACCGGUAACAACACCGGUGAGGUCGAGUCACCCCUGCCAGUUUCUAGCGGGAACGAUACCGGCGAGCUGCGUCUCCAGUCCGACUUUGCCUUCGCCCGCGACAACCGUACGGCUUGCUUCUGGCAAGGGUUCGUCAACCAGCAGGAUUUCAUGGUGAGCAGCUUCAAGGCUGCCAUGGCCAAGCUCGCCGUCCUCGGCCACAACACCGAGGACCUAAUCGACUGCUCCGACGUCGUACCCGCGCCCAGCACGGCCACGGUUGCCCCCGCCUCGUUCCCGGCUACUAAGGGCCCUGCGGACCUCGAGCUCGUCUGCAACGCCACGUUCCCGACGCUCACCGAGGACCGCGGUGCAACCGAAACUCUCAUCCCUCACUGCCCCGACGGCAGCCAGGACUGCCCUUCCGUGCAGUUCACGGGCCCCGCGUAA